GUGACUAAGGGGUUCGUUAGAUUCUUUUCUAAGAGAAAACUCACUCCACUUCAACAAAUGAGCUGAGUUAAAACUCAGAAAUUAAGUUUUACCGCUUUAAACUUCUCUCCACUAUAGCCCCACAUUAAAACGUUGAACUUUGAAAAAAGAACCAGCUGUAUACUUGAGUUAUUCGCGCAAACUUUAUUAUUAUUGCGGUAGCACUGUAUCAGGGAACUUCUCUCGAGAGGAAGCAAGCAGUGACUGAAUCUGAUACUCAAAGCUAGAAUGAUGAUUAUGGAGCAUCUUGAAGCACUUUUCAACACUUACUAUUCACACUAGUGUACAUGUUAUUGUAUCAGUCGAUCUUGCACGACCGACCAGAAUUGUAUAAUACACAUAUGAGGAGGUGGCCUGAGAGUAUUUAGGAGUUCAGAUGAGUAGAAAUAGCUGUGUUGAAACGUAGGGGAUGCAGUGGAAUGAAAACUUGCUCUUCGGAUCUGGUGUAAUCAAAUACUGCGACUCUGAUCUUGGCUCUGCUGGCCUCUCUCCGCAUGGAUAUCAACACAUUCUCAAGUGGUGGAAUUCUCCUCGAGCACAGACAGGUGCUCAACAAUGUUGGAGCACAGACAGGUGCUCCAACUCGAUUGGACAUUUCUCGAAACAGUUUUCCCUCAGAUUUCAUAUUUGGAGUUGCAUCGUCUGCAUACCAGAUAGAAGGAGGUGCUCUUGAAGGAGGAAAGGGUCCAUGCACUUGGGACACAGAAACAAGCAAGCCUGGAAGGAUACUAGAUGGGAGUACGGCAAACGUUGCUUGUGAUAGCUACCACAAAUAUCAGGCAGACGUGGAUCUUAUUCACAACAUAGGGUAUGACGCCUAUCGAUUUUCCAUCGCAUGGAGUCGCAUAUACCCUGAGGGUGUUGGAGAAAGACCCAAUCAAGAAGGUCUAGACUACUACAACCGUUUGAUUGACAGUCUUCUUAAAAGUGGGAUCAAGCCGUUUAUCACCCUCUGUCAUUUCGACUUGCCUCAAGCUCUGGUCGACAAGUUUGGAGGCUGGCAUGGCUCGGAAAUUGUACCAGCGUUUGCUGCAUACGCCGAAACUUGCUUCAAAUCAUUUGGCGAUCGUGUUCGUCAUUGGAUCACAAUCAACGAGCCGACAAUUGACCUAGCAUUCAAUGCUGGCGUCUCGGCGGCAAUGGAAGCUAAUGAAGUAACACGAUAUAAAGCUGGACACAAUAUGAUCCUUGCACAUGCACAUGCAGCCAAAAUUUAUCGCGAAAAGUAUCAGGGAUCAUCUGAUGGUGUCAUAGGGAUUUCCUUGGAUAUACAAUGGUUCGAGCCUCUUACAGAUUCGCCAGAAGAUAUCGAAGCAUCCGAGACAGCCUUGGCUUUCCGUGGUGGAUGGUUCCUGGACCCGUUCUUCCGAGGUGAAUACCCUGCAGCGAUACGCAAAACCUGGGGAUAUUCCCUGCCUUCUUUUACACCUGAAGAAAGUAGAAUCGUGAAAGGCUCAGCAGACUUUCUCGGAGUAAACUAUUAUACUGCUUACUACGUCACUUCCAAACCGUGUGAUGGGUUUUCAAACGAACCGGCUUUUCCCGUGACAAUGCCCUCCUCUGUCUACGUCGGAGAUACAAAGAAUGGAGUUCUCAUUGGCGCACAGACGCCAACAGGGUUGAGGGCUUGUCCAGACGGGCUAGCAAGACUACUGCUGUUUCUGAAAUCGAAGUACGGCAACCCUUUGAUAUACAUCACGGAGAAUGGUUACUCUGAGAAAAGAAAUCCAGAAAUGACUUUGGAGGAAUCUUUACAAGACGGAGAGAGAACAGAGUUUUUCCGAUCCCACAUUCGUUCACUACUUGAAGCACACAAAAACGGCGUGAACGUUCGGGGAUAUUUUGCGUGGACGUUAAUGGACAAUUUUGAAUGGUUAUGGGGCUAUGGAUUCCUUUUUGGAAUUUGCUACGUAGAUUUUCAGAACAAUCAAAAACGCUAUCUGAAAGAAUCUGCUCUAUGGUUUAAGAAGUUCUUGCAAAAAUAAUCCGAACCUCACGAGUCGAAAAUCAGACGCAAGAUUCAUUAUUAUUUAGGAUAUGAACAGUAGUUCGGCUAGGUAACAUAGCUGUUAGAUAUGUACUGGAAGUGAAGUCUCGCCUACUGCAACUGCAUGCGCUGUAUCUGAAAGCUCAUCCUAAACCCACGGAUACUUCUAUCUACUGGAGGGGUAUGUAAUAACCGCAAGGUUACUCGAAACAUGAGUCGGGCAAGUACAGUUGGAGCAAGAGCGGGUCCCACCAGAGAUAAAAUUCUCAUUUUUGUUCUGGAUUUCUCACGACAGUUUGGAGUUCUCCCUCAAAAGCGUUGAUAUUUUUGUGCAGAAAUCUGAUACUUCAGGAUGUUAGUCACCUGGGUAGGGCUGGAGUUCAGUGGUUAUAGGGUUUAAACGAGUACCUACCUACCUUCACGUAGGGAACGAAAGGGUGUUCUGACAGUUGGAAAACGACUUGUAGAGAUUUGUAAAUGGUAAAUGUACAGCUGGGCAGCUUUUCUGAGUGCAAACUUAAUCGAACGGUCGA